AUGAGGAGCUGCAGGGUCAAAGCAGAGAGCAGGGGGGUGUGCAGGGUGGGGGGGGGGCCUUGGGGGGUGUGAGGGGUGGGGGUGUGGCUGACAAGAUGAGGUGCAGAGAAAAUAGAUUCUUCCAUCUGUCUCAAAACCUGCUGCUGAACAGAGACUCAGCCUCUGGUCACAUGACCGAGAGAAACCUUUAAAACUGGACGCCUGAGAGUCGCCUGUGUUCAGACACCAGCUGGUCUUGGUGUUCAUCCUGCUUCCUGUAACCAUCAUGUCUGAUACUGAGGAGAUCGUAGAGGAGUACGAGCAGGAGGAGGAAGAGGAAGAGGUAGAAGAAGCAGAAGAGCAAGUAGAAGAAGAAGAAGAAGAAGAAGAAGAAGAAGAAGAAGAAGAAGACGGAGAAGAAGUGGAGGAGGAGGAGAAGAAAGAGGAUGAGGGAGAGUCCAAGCCACGGCCUAAGACUACUUACAUCCCAAACAUCGCUCCCCCAAAGCUCCCUGAUGGCGAGAAGGUGGAUUUUGACGACCUUCACCGCAAAAGAGUGGAGAAAGACUUUAAUGAUCUUCAGACCCUGAUCGAGCUGCACUUCUCCACCCGCCAGAAAGAAGAAGAAGAGCUGGUUGCCUUGAGAAGCCGCAUUGAACGCCGCCGUGCAGACAGAGCUGAACAGCAGCGCAUACGGUCUGAGCAGGAACGUGAACGCCAAGCUCGUCUAAAUGAGGAGAGAACGAGGCGUGAAGAGGAGGCUGCCAAAAUCCGUGCUGAAGAGGAGGCUAAGAAGAAGAAGAUAUUUACCAACAAGUCAUAUGGCGGCUACCUCCAGAAGGUGGACCAGAAGAAGGGUAAGAAGCUGACAGCGAGGGAGGAGAAGAAGAAGGCCCUGAUGGACCGCCGGAAGCCCCUCAACAUUGACCACCUGAACCAGGAGAAACUGGCAGAGAAGGCACAGGAUCUGUGGCAGUGGCUUCACCAGCUGCAUGCUGAGAAGUUUGACCUUGGCGAAAAGCUCAAGAGGCAGAAGUAUGAAAUCCAUGUCCUCAGGAACCGAGUCAGCGACCACCAGAGGGGCUCCAAGGCAUCCAAGACUUCCCGAAGUGCCAAGGGAAAGUCUGGCUCCUGGAAGUGA